ACUCGCGAUAGGCAUCGAAGAAGAGAUCGAGAUCGAAACACAGGAAGGAAGCGGCGGCGAUGGCGGCGGUUUCGGCAUGGGCGAAACCCGGCGCUUGGGCGGCGGCAGUCGAGGAGGAGGAGAAGGAGAAAGGCUAUGACUCCGCGGACUCCUCCAAGAACACCUCGGAGUUCCCUUCACUGGCUGCCGCCCUCGCCACCAAGACAUCCAAGAAGAAGAAGGCCCAGCCUGUUUCUCUCGCGGAGUUCACCACCGGUCAGGCCGUUUCUUAUGGCUCCGGCAACAGAUCUGUGUCUAGAGGACUCUCCUCCGAUGAGUUGCUUCAGCUCCCCACUGGUCCACGGGAGCGCACCGCUGAGGAACUUGAACGGACUUCUUCUCGUGGUUUUGGGUAUUCGUCGUAUGGGAAUCGUGGUGGCUCUCGAGAUGAGGCGAACCCUCGUUGGGGAUCGGGAUCGGGGUCGUCUAGGGUUUCGGAUGAACCUAGGAAGAACGGUUUUGGUGGUGGUGGUGGUGGAGGUGGAUCUAAUCGUGAUUUGGGGCCAUCUAGGGCUGAUGAAGUUGAUGACUGGGGUGCAGGGAAGAGAUCGAUUGCAGCGCCGGAGAGGAGGAGGGAAUCGGGGUUUUUUGAUUCGCAGUCGAGGGCGGAUGAAUCGGAAAGCUGGGUAUCAAAUAAGACUGCUCCCCAGCUUUCGAAUUCCCGGAGGAUCAACGGGAGUGGGUUUGAUGGCCCUCGAGAAAGGAGGGCAGGUUUUGAUGCAUACGGCAAGGGGGAAACAAACGAUAGAGCUGAUUCGGAUACCUGGGGUAAGAAGAAGGAGGAGACGAGCAGCGGUGGGAGACCUAGGAUUGUUCUGCAGCCUCGAACUUUGCCUUUGGUUAAUGAGAGUAGUGGAGACCCUCCAGUGAAGGGUAAGGGAGAGAAUCCGUUUGGAGCUGCCCGGCCUAGGGAGGAAGUACUCGCCGAAAAAGGACAGGACUGGAAGAAGAUUGAUGAGAAGCUCGAGCUGACAAAGAUCCGUGAAGCACCACAAGAAGGAAAGACCUUUGGUAGAAAAGGUUCUAGGAAUGGUAAUGGUGCUCUGGAGGAUCGUGCUGAGCGGAGCUGGAGAAAGACUGAAAAUGAAACCAUGACUGCCCCUGCAAGGGCCGAGGAAGCAGAGGAACAAUUACCUGAAAACUGAUCCGUUGCCAGGAAGAGCUUCAGAACUAUUAGUUAUUUAGGUGCAUCUGCACCUUGUUAGAAUUGUCUCUGUGCUUGUGUUACUUAUUCUUUUCAACCGCAGUUUGUAUUUUGUUGCUCUUGUUGUUCCCAGAGUCAGUUUUGGUAGGGCUGAGUAGUAGUAAUAGUAAUCAAUUGCAUAGGAUGUCGAUUGUGUAUGGCAAAUCAAUUUCUAUUCCACAGUAAGACAUUUCUCUGAGGGACUCUAGUGGAGUUUACAGGCUAGUGUUGUUUAUUGAUAUAGUUUAUGUAAAAGAGUUUCUGAGCUUAUGUUGUGUUUGAAUUCUAAUACUGCAGUAUCAGUUAAUGUACACUAUUUGACUGUGACAAUUUGCUUGCAUUUUUAUUA